AUGAGUUUCCCAACUAGAAACUACUACUCCCUUCUAUGUGCUCUUACUCUUCUACCAGCACUUUCAUACUGUCAGGACUACUUUGUCCCCUCUAGAGCAUCCUACUAUGGAAGCCCCGACUGUCUAGGAAACCCAACUGGAGCUUGCGGAUAUGGAGAGUAUGGAAGAACCAUCAAUGUUGCUAAUGUCGCUGGAGUCUCUCGAUUAUGGAGGAAUGGAACUGGCUGUGGAGCUUGCUAUCAGGUUAGGUGCAGGGUACCAAAUCAUUGCAGUGAUGAUGGAAUCAAUGUGGUGGUAACAGACUACGGUGAAGGUGACAGAACCGAUUUCAUUCUCAGCACUCGUGCAUAUGGAAGAUUGGCUCGUCCGAAUUCAGCUGCAGAGUUAUUUUCUUAUGGAGUGGUUGAUAUAGAAUACAAAAGGGUACCUUGUCAAUAUCCAGGCUACAAUCUCCUAAUCAAGGUUAAACAGCAAAGUAAAUUCCCAAAUUAUCUAGCCAUAGUCAUCUUGUAUCAAGCUGGUUCAUAUGACAUUACAUCUGUUGAAGUAUGGCAGGAGGAUUGCAAAGAAUGGAAAGGCAUGAGAAGGGCUUAUGGGACGGUUUGGGACAUAGUUACUCCCCCAACAGGUGCAAUGAACUUUAGGGUUCAAGUGAGUGGUGGUGAUGGAAUGAAAUGGGUGACUAUUAACAAAGGAAUACCUAAUGAUUGGAAGGCUGGAGUGGUUUAUGAUACAUCUGUUCAGUUGUAGAAUCUAAAUUUCUAUAGUGUUCAUCAAUAAAGAAGUGAUUUUGUGUACUAAGUUGUGAAAGAAAAUGGAAUAAAGUUUUGUUUUCAGA